UGGUUAUUCGACUGAACGAACAUAACCUCACUUUAUAAAAGUGACAAUCAUGUGACAAAUGAUGAUUCUCUGACCACAGAAUGUUUAUUUAAAAUUUAACGACUAAUAAUUAACGUAGUAAUAUUGUCACAGAAAUGGAUUACUACAAAAUAAAAUUCAACCCUUCCGUGCACAAAAAAUAUCUUUUGAGGAUUCUUCGAGGGUUACCUGCUUCGUUACAGUCCAUGGAUACCCACAGGAUGCUUUUAACUUACUUUGCAAUAUCGGGUCUAGAUCUUUUGAAUGAAUUAGGCAGUAUUCCUAACAAGCAAUCUAUAAUUGACUGGAUUUAUUGCUUACAAGUUUGUGAUGAUUCAGAACUUGUUAGUGGCUUUCAAGGGUCUUCAACUCUUAACACACCAUUUAAUUGUGGUCAGAAUGCCAAUUACAAGUGGGGCCAUAUUGCUAACACGUAUUCAGCAUUAACAACGUUAAUUAUUUUAGGAGAUGAUUUGGAGCGCAUCCACAGAGACUCUGUAAUUAAAAGUCUACGCACACUACAGCUUCCCAAUGGCUGUUACACAGGGGCCAAAGACGGAUGCGAAUACGACAUGCGUUUCGUAUUCUGCGCGGCCUGUAUCUGUUACAUUUUAGACGACUGGUCCGGCAUGAACAUCGAUAAAACUGUGGAUUUUAUAAUUAAAAGCAUAUCAUACGACUUCGGCAUAGCACAAGCCCCCGAACUGGAAUCGCACAGCGGCUCGACUUUUUGUGCCGUAGCAACACUAGCUCUCACUAAGCAACUGCACAGACUCUCCAAAACACAAGUAGAAGGACUGAAACGAUGGCUGUUGAAUAGGUUCGAGUACGGCUUCACAGGACGACCGAAUAAACCGUCGGAUACUUGUUACUCUUUUUGGACGGGAGGAGCUCUCAAAAUUCUGAAUGCAUAUCAGUUUAUUGAAGCUGCUGAUAAUAAUCAGUAUAUCUUAGUGACGCAGGAUAGAAAUGGUGGGUUUUCGAAAUGGGUAAACACGGUUCCUGAUCCCAUGCACACUUACUUGGGAUUGGCCGGACUGAGUUUUAUGAAGGAGGAAGGGAUAGGAAGCAUUUUUCCCGAUUUGAAUGUUUCUGUGAGGGCGCAUGAGCAUUUGAAGAGUUUGCAUAAGAAGUGGAGGGAGGGGUGAAGAUGGAGAUUUAAUUUUAAGGCCAAUUGUGCUGUCAGAGCUUUAUAAAGUGGAAACACAUAUACAAUAACUACUAUAAUUUUUACAAAUUAAAAAUAAUAAAUGUUUUUAAAGAAAAA